CCCACAGCAACGGCGAAGAGUGCCCCUGCUGCGGAUCUACCAGAGCAAUGAUGUCUCUUCCCCCGGGCUUGCGCUACACGCUGCGCCAGCUCCCAAACAUUCUCAUACCUCCCGCGAUCGUAUACGCGUCCUCGUACAUCGCGCGGGAGUACUUCCAGCUCAUCCCACCCACCUGGCUCCUUGUGCUCUUGACUCUCUUCUCGUGGCCGAUCGCGUUCACCGCGCUCGUGCAAUACCACGACUACGCCAACCGGCUCCGCGCGCGCACGCUCGGGGCAGUCAUCCCGCGCGAAAUCUCUCACAAGUGGCCAGGGAGCAUUGACGUGCUCAAGAGAAUCUUCGCUCUGGACAAUGUACGCUACUUGGGACACUCGUUAUUCGAAUGGAGAGAGGAGUAUGGCAACAUAUUCAACUUCAGGGUCAUGUUCGAGGACAGGAUCUUCACUACUGAGCCGGAUUACAUCAAAAUGAUACUCGCGACCGAGUUCAACCAUUACGAGAAAGGUCCGUUGCUGUGGGAGCAGUUGAACACACUAUUGGGUUAUGGCGUGUUCAACUCUGAUGGAGAAAUGUGGAAAUUCCACCGGACCAUGACACGUCCCUUCUUCAGCAGAGACCGCAUCACGGAAUUCGACAUCUUCGACCGACACGCCGAACAUGCGCUGAACAAAGUUACCGCGCGCACGCGCGAGGGCAUUCCAGUCGACUGGCAAGACGUCGUAUCGCGCUUCACGAUGGACUCCGCCACAGAGUUCCUCUUCGGCAAAGACGUGCGCUCGCUCGACGCGCCCCUGCCCUAUCCCUCUACCUACGCCGCACCGACUCCCUUCUCUGCUGCUGGUACAGACGCGCCCUCUCACGCGGGGGCGGUCGCAUCUGUGCAUCCCGCUGAUCGUUUCGUGCGCGCGUUCCAGAGUGCGCUGGAGGCGACCGCUACUCGCGGGCGGUUCUUGCAGUCGUGGCCGCUGUUUGAGUUCUGGGGCGACAAGGUGAAGCAGCACCUGACGGCUGUCGAUGAGUUCAUCGAUCCCAUCGUGGAGGAUGCGUUGAGGAAGAAGUCCGAAAAGGCGAACGCCGGUGUCGAGGAUGACAGAGAGCGGAAAGAACAAGUCAGGGACGAUGAAACUCUCUUGCAGCAUCUGGUCAAGUUCACAGACGAUCACAAAGUGAUCAAAGACGAAACACUGAACAUUCUGCUCGCGGGUCGGGACACGACAUCUUGCACGUUGACUUUCGCAGUAUACGCCCUAGCGGAGCACCCGGAGGUACUAAAACGGCUUCGUGCCGAAGUGCUAUCUGUCGUCGGCCCUUCGCAGAGGCCGACGUAUGACAAUGUUCGCGAGAUGAAGUACAUGCGGGCGUUCACCAAUGAGGUUUUGCGUUUGUGGCCGCCUGUCCCGGUGAACUCGAGAUGCUCGAUCCGCCCCAUGACGUGGAAGAGCAAGAUCGCGGGCGAGCCAGAUAUCUACAUCCCGCCACGCACGCGCUGCCUGUACUCCGUCCUGCUCAUGCACCGCAGGAAGGACCUCUGGGGCCCCGACGCCCUGAUGUUCGACCCGGACCGCUUCCUCGACGAGCGCGUGCAGAAAUACCUCCUCCCGAACCCGUUCAUCUUCCUCCCCUUCAACGCGGGCCCGCGCAUCUGUCUCGGACAGCAGUUUGCGUACAACGAGAUCUCAUUCAUGCUCACCCGCCUCCUGCAGCGCUUCUCAGGUAUCGCGCUGCGACAGGACGCCCACCCGGCCGCGGCGCCGCCCCCGGGGGUGGAGCGGAGCCCGUAUGCGGUCGACGGGCGCGAACGCGUGUGGAUGCGGAGCCAUUUGACGACGUAUGCGAAGAACGGGCUGUGGGUAGAGAUGGAAGAGGCAAGCCAGGAAUAAGGCAUUUGGGCAGCGCGGUAGAGUGUCAUGUAUUUGUAUCGAUACGAGGUACGAUGAUGAGGUUUUAGCGUUGGCUACGAGCCCGUUUGGGAUCGGCUAUAAAAUUGUUGACGUUCAUACAAGCGCAAUGUCCUCCCGAGGAUACUCUCCGCCCAUGAGAUCUCGCCACAGCUCACGUACCGCCUCCGCCGGCUCUCCACCAACGUGGGACUUAUCCCAUAACAUGGAAGGAAGAGAGAAGAACCCAACUCUCCGAUAGUAGGUGACGUUCUCGUGCGCCGCCUCUUGACCCGGCGAGUCGUUCGAUCUAGCAAGAGCGACGAUGAUACCCUGUAUUCCGGGAAUCGCUUCAUCCUCGGGGCCCCAUCGCAUAUGCAUCCCGGCUUGCAGCGGAACAGCC